AUGGCGACCUCUUCCUCCUCAUCCUCCUCCUCACAAGGGUCGGCUCCUGGUGUUGGAGAAAAGAGGAAACAAACCCCCGGGGAUCUUCUCAUAUAUUCUCUGGAGGAUCUGAAAGGAUGUGACUUCAAGAGAUUUAGGGACAAAUUGUCUGAUUUCUACUAUGGAGGUAAACUUCCCAUCCCCCGAGGAAAACUAGAAAAUGCCGACUGCAUCUCCACCAAGAACAUCCUGAUAGACACAUAUGGAGAAGAAGGGGCUCUGGAUGUCACCUUUGAAGUCUUUACACUGAUCGGUCUGAUGGGACCCGCAAAUGACCUCCAGGAGAGGAGAGCCCAGAAUGCCAAACUGAAGAAGAAGAUGACACACAGACAGAUUAUCAGACUUCAGAAAGGAACACAAAGUGUCUAUGAAAAAGAGGUUCCAGAAGAUUAAAGAAUAUAAUUCCUGUAGGGGGGAGACUGUUCAUCUACAGAAAAGAUACAUCAAGUUACCAAUGAGAAAAGGACCCCAGAAAAAAGAGGAAAAAAAACAAGAACUAAGGAGUUCAGCCAGAAGACAUCUACAGACCAUGGAGAAAAGACCUUCUGAUGGAUCCUCCCCAACCACAAUCCAGGCCCUCUUUGACCCUGAUGAAGUUGGUUGUAUCCCUAAGAUUGUGGUGUUAGAAGGACCUGCUGGGAUUGGUAAAACAAUGACCUCCAAGAAGAUCAUGCUGGACUGGGCCUCUGGGAAUCUCUACCAAGACAAGUUUGACUUUCUGUUUUAUCUGAGCUGUAGAGAAAUCAACACCAUCCCUGGAAACAUAAGCCUUGUGGGACUUUUAUCCAGAGCCUGUGGACUAGAGAGUUCAGAUGACCUGGUGUCUCUUCUAGAGGAUCCUGAA